CGCGUUUACAGCGCCGCUCUCCGCUCUUCACCAGAUUUCACUUAUUUUCACAUUUUUCUGCUGAUUUUAAGCCCGUGACUGCCUCAAACUCAAAAGGCAAAGUGCACUUCGAUCUGAACCCUCUGUUUCCACAGAAUACCGCAAACAUGACUAAGCAUGAGUUUGAGGUGGCUAUGACAUGUGAGGGUUGCUCUGGAGCUGUCACGAGAAUCCUCAACAAACUCGGAGAUGAAGUGAAGUUUGAAAUUGAUUUGCCCAAAAAGCUGGUUUGGAUCGAGUCGGAGAAAGACAUAGAAUUUUUGACAGAAACAUUAAAAAAAUGUGGGAAAGAGGUCAAGUACAAUGGGACCAAGUGAAGGAGCUGCUAACACCAAACAGACAUAACUCACUGCUGAAGUUUGUAAAUCUGACCAGAUCUCUCACAAAACACACAACAGCUCCCCCUGCUGCUUUGAGACCUCUAUUACAGUUUACACAGGUUCAUAAUGAAAGAAUUUUCACACAGUUUACAAUUAAAGCCAAACCAACAACAGACCAAUGUGUUAUCAACUCAUACUAUUUAAUGACACUAUCUAUAUUCCUGCAUUUUUAGCUCAAUAAUCUUUGAAUAGUUAAAAUAUGUUAAAAGUCAAUUUGAGCGUUUUAAUGAAGGCAAUGCAUUUUUUCUGAUUAUACCCAGGCUAUGAAAACAUAUUGACAAAUGAACUACAAUAAGGUUAAAUGUUUUUUAUCAAAUCUAGAAAGUCACUUCUUAGUCUCUGAUCAUUUGUCAAAAUCUAUUAUACAGUGUAAGUUGCCAAUGCACACCCAGCAUUAAAGGCACUGUACCUGAUUUUUACUGUCUUAAAAAUAGACAAUAGAACUAGUUUAUUUUAAACAUUUUGCAGUGGUCCAAAGUUAUUCUUUACUUACCUUAUGCAUUCUGAGCAUCCUAAUUAUUCACUGCAAAGAGUUUACAAGUGCUUUUAAAAACAACUAGCAUGUGAACGCACACUUCCUAAUUAUCGGACAUUUGCUCAAAUUUAUUUGUAAUCAGUAAUUUGCAUAGUUUUUGCAGUUAAACAUUUUAUCCUGUUAACCUAUUCAUGCUAUAGUGACUGUAAACAUGUAUUUAAUUGGGACUGAAAAUAUGAUUUGCUAACUGGAUUUGGUAAUGCUUUUUUGUUUUAAAUGUGCAGUUUCCUGCUUCUUGGAUCAUUAACUAGACAUACGAAUUUCGACAUGUCAAUCACUGUAUCAGUCAAUGGGAGAAACUGAUCAUGUUAUUAUCUUAGGAAAUAAAUGAUUCUCUUCUUUGAUUCUCUUAAUGUUUGUGGCAUUUAACAAUAUUUUGUUUAUU